GUUGACCACGACACGCUAUGAAGCCGCCGAACUCAGACCAAGCUCCGGCCCCGCGCCGACCGAGCCAGUUCAGACGCGAGACACGCCCAGCCGGGCCCCGCCCGGGGGCCCCACCAGCCAUGUGAUCGAUGCCCCUUGCCUCGCCCGCCUAAUUUUGGCCGCCGGACUUGCCGGAGACGCGGGCGGCGCGGCGGAAGCGGAGGUAGGGUGGGGGGAAAAAAAAACAUGCGCGGGGGCGAGGCGGUUGUAACUUCCACGCGAUCGCGUGCGUCACGAGCGCGCCAGAGAGAGGGGGAGGAGUCGCGGAGGCUCGCGUCCGGCCCGCCGGCUUCCGCUGGGCGCGCGAAUCUUCUGGACCCUUCCGGCCAAGCAACCCCCGCAACCCAAUUCCGCCAUGCCUUUUGUUUUCUUCCCGCGCCCCGCCGCCCGCCGGUAUAUAACCCCCGCCCCCCGCCCGCCUCCCUCCGUCGAGCAACCGACCACAUCCGCCCAAACCCACCCGAGCAAGCGAAGCAUCCACCACCACCCAGAGGCGAAACCGAGCGGCGGCAGCACAACCGCUAGAGGAGGUUCCUCCGUCCGUCGAUCGGCCGCCAUGGACAAGGUGCUGGCCUUCUCGAUCCUCAGCGCGUCGCCGGCCGACGUCGCCGCCGGCGUCGGCGGGCGCUGGACGCGGCUGUCGUGGCGGGGCGGCACGGACGACCAGGGGCAGGCGCAGGCGCAGCGGCAGCAGCAGCGGGACAGGGAGGAGAAGCCGGGCUCGCCGCCGCGCCGCCACGGCAGCGGCAAGGCCUCGCUCCCGCGGUUCGCGCCGGAGUUCGACGGGAUCGACUGCUUCGAGACCAUCGUGUCGCACUAGGCCCCUCCCUCCCCCUCCCCGCGGGCGGAGGUGUGGCGCCGCCGGUAAAUUGGCCGCGUGACCAUUCUUUUCGCCGCCCUGCGAGGCUGCUAUACAGCCUCCGGCGGCGACGGUGAUUCGCCGAUCGAUCGGCGCUUGUGUUUGCGUGCGUGCGUGUGUUGAGUUUGUUGCUAAUUGUCUCGGCAAUCUCUGCUGAUUGAGACCACGGGUUGUACAGGCAUUAACAGAGACGAUUCUAUUUAUUUUAACGGAAUGUCCACAUUCUGUUUUCUUUUU